UAUAYGGAGGCAGGUUUAUGGAGGCAAACAARGAAACACGCAAAAACAAUCAACCAGCGAACGGAAUCAAACGUACAGCCUWACCCAGCCCAGCACCUACCCGCCUAUGGACGACAGCGUCGAUCUCCCCAGAGACGAAGACGGUAAUUUCGUGGCGCACGUUCCAGGAUUGGAGUAUUACCGCGACUUUUUGUCGCUCMAGGAACAAACCGAGUUGCUGGACCUGAUCUACGCCAAUCCAUGGCAGGAAGGCGUGAUUGCACGGCGGCAACAAUUCUAUGGCGAAGUCUACUACCACACGAGCUUCAAGAGCAAGGUCUUGCAGGGCGAUCAUCGCGACGAGUCAGGCACUACCGAAGGCCGACAGMCGACAAACAAUAACGCCGRCAAUCGCAGCGGAGAAAUGGAUAUUGCCGAAAAUCCUUGCAACAACGACGGAAACAAUAAUGGCAAUGGCAUUCCCAUCGAUGAUUCGGGGAUGAGRAAGUGGCUCGACAAAACAAUGCCGUUCUUCGAGAAAGAGGGUCUGAAGGUGCCGCCUAGUCAGGUUUUGAUCAAUKAAUACAAGAACAACAUGGGCAUUGCCAGCCACUUYGAAGACUUUGAUGCCUUUGGGCCCGUCAUCUUGACCRUCAGUCUGAUCUCACCUGUCUAUAUGACACUGAAAAAACCCACGACCGCGCCCACGAUUGAACCCGUUGGGACCGAGCACAACGAAGACAAAGACAAAGACAACAAAACCAACAUCAAUGCCUGCGAUUCGUACGACGACGUUGUCAAAAUAUUGCUGGAACCCGGCUCCUUGCUGAUCAUGAAAGACGAUGCACGAUUCAAGUACAGACACGGAAUCGGAAAGUACAAAUGGGUCAAUCUCCCACCAACGCUAGGACACCAAGGGCGGUCCGGAGCACCAUCGUCGGAGGCGGUCGGUUCGGUAGGGACAUUGCCAACAACAKCAUCGGCGCCUGGCACAAGAAUCAAGCGAGACGACUCGUAUCGYCGCGUAAGCCUCACCAUCCGGCACCUGCURUCGACUAGACGAAAAGUCAAGGACCACGAGGAUGAGUCGGACACGAUCAAAGACCCAAGCGUGUAUUGAUCGAUUGAUGCAUGCAUGCAUGCAUGCAUGCGAUCUGUUUGGAAAUGAUCACGGAAGGAACUCGAUCGAUCGAACGGGAUUUUUUUCGUUCUCCGCUGCCGAUUUCGAGCCGUUCGCUCUCACUACGGAAAAAUCAACAGAAACAGUUGCGAUUGGUAAGCUUUGCCAGCAUGGUGAUGAUUCUUUAAAUGGAUUGGACUUAGGUCCUCCGAUUGGAGUUCGAACAAGCCGAUGCUCCUUUCCUGCCCCUAUUCAGAACCGCAAGCGAGGUGCCGRCUUUGGAAACAGAACGGAACCAUGUUGUAACGCGAUCAUCUUGUAACUCAAGCGUUACCCUUACAAGCAGCACGGGUCAGAGCUUUGAUGAUGUGCAGUCAAUCUAUGGCCGAUGACGUUGUGUAAAGCAGAACAGUGAAUAAGCAAAACAACAGAGACAAGCGGAUAGCUAGAAGCGUCGCCUUCAUAACCAAUGCAGUCCAUCACCGGACUAUUGGUCGCGCCAUCUCCGGACAAUACAGUGCACCUCUAGUUGAGAGAAGGAUCAUCACCAUGCAUUGUUAGGUUGAUUCGUUACGAGGAUUCCGCCUCCGCAAUCCAUCUCAACUGGCGUCAUUCUACUGUGACUAAGCAAAUUSAAACCCUACCAAACAAGGGAUGGCAAAGCGAAGUCGCACGGUAGAAAAUUGAUAAAGCAUGCAUGAGAAGGAAUAAUUUUAUUUGAUUAAG